UCGACGUUGUGUUGGGUUCCGCUUCUUCGUUGGAGAGAAGCCAUUUCUGUGAGGAUUCGGGAUAGAGAUCGUGAGAAACCAGACUCUGCUUUUCAGCUUUUCAGAUUUUCAGCUUUCCUCAGCGUUCUUCGCAUCUCAAGCUCUUCAACACAUCGCCUACAGCUUUGCCCAGAGAAAUAGGAGAAUCUGAGAGCGAGUCCAUCAAAAACAAGCUCUGAACUCGGUCAAAAUCGAUCAUAGAUUCUGGUUUCGAGGUACUUUAAUCUAUGAAAUAGGUUUUUGUUAUGUAAUUUUGGGCGGGAUGGAUUUUAGGGGAAGCAUUUGGGGGUAGGUUAUUGAACCAUUCGAUUCGACGGACGAGUAUGAGAAUCAGGAUUAGGGCUAGGGUUUGUGGUGUUGGGGAAUUGGAGGAGCGGUAGGGUUGUUGUGAUUAGGGCACAGAGUAGGGAGCUAUGAAGGGAAGGUCGCACCGCCUUCCUAGCUCAGAUCCUCCCGAGGACUGGGUGGAUGGUUCUUGGACGGUGGAUUGCGUCUGUGGUGUGAAUUUUGAUGAUGGGGAAGAGAUGGUGAACUGCGAUGAGUGUGGCGUGUGGGUGCAUACGCGGUGCUCGCGCUAUGUGAAGGGGGAGAAGUUGUUUGCUUGCGAUAAAUGCAAGAGCAAGAAUAAUAGGAAUGAUAGCGAGGAGACGGAGGUUGCUCAAUUGCUGGUUGAGCUGCCCACUAAGACAAUGAGGAUGGAGAGUUCGUAUGGAUCGAAUAUUCCUGCUAGACGGCCUUUUAGGCUGUGGACGGAUAUACCAAUUGAGGAGAGGGUACAUGUUCAGGGCAUUCCGGGAGGCGAACCUGGCCUGUUUGAAGGUCUGUCCUCCGUUUUCACGCCGGAGUUGUGGAAGUGCACUGGUUACGUGCCCAAGAAGUUCAAUUUCCAGUAUAGAGAGUUCCCCUGUUGGGAUGAGAAGGAAGAGGCUGAUUCUAAAAUUGAGGAAGAAAAUGAAAAUCCUGUGGACAAAGGAGCCGGGGUUCUGUUUUCACUGUCAAAGGAGGCUGUUUUGGCUGCUCCAGCAGCUUUGGUUAAUAUGAGAGGCCAAACUGAGGAAGGUGGGUUUGACAGAAAACCAGCCACAAAAGAGCUGAAGACGUGGGAGGCUGGGGAUUCUGAUGUUAGGCCUGCUCAGAAUGGUGUGAAGAAGGAGAGAAGCUUACUCCGUCCAUUUGUGGUUCAUCCGAGUAAGAGGAAGAAAGAAGAUUUCGGCCCAUCAAAGGAUCGCAGUGGAAAGAAGAGGAUUAGGACUGCUGAAAAAGAGGAUACUAAAAAAAGAGGUUCACAUUCUUCCAAAACAGGGUUUACAUCCUCUAGUGAUGCAAAACAGUUGGAAUAUCAUGAAGACAGAAGUUCCAAGCUUCCCAAGACUAAUAAUCAGAGUAACAAUAAAGGGAAUUUGAGGGGCACUCUGCCCACAGAGCCUGCAUCUGAUGUUUUUCAUGUAGUGGACAGUAAUGUUGACAAGUCGAAUGACAGCUUAGUGGCUGCUGAGCACGAUUCGGAAUCUUUUCCUACUGAUGCAUCUAGACACGAUUUUCCCAUCGGAGCUGGUCUAGAUGAAGAUAAGACUGAGCAUCAAGUUCCUGCAAGAUCUGAAAGUUCUCCUAAAACUGACAUUGUAUCAUCAACAUUAGAAAACAACACAGUUGAGAGUGUUCCUAUGAAGGAAGAGGUGGUUAACAUGGCUGCUGCUAAUUUAGAUGAUAAUGGAGGUUCCUAUAAAAAUAUGGAAAUCGAUAUACAGAAAUCAAACCCUCCUUUCGAAGAGGUGCCUAGUGUAGCAUCAAAUUUGAAAGAAAGUCAAGUUCUUCUGGAUUCAAAUGGUGACAUGUUGCUAAAUUCUGUAAAGCCUGAUUUAAAAGUGAAAGCAGAUGUGGAUGAUGAUAAUUCUGGAAGGAUCUUGGAUUCUCAGUCUUCUGCACUUGUUGAUGUAAAGCCCAUUGGCACUGAGCACCUAUCUCAAAUUCUAGGGAUAUCUGCAGAUCAGAUGUCCGAAAAUUCUAAAUUGAAUGAUUUAGUGGCUCUAAGCUUUUCGCAAUGCAGUGACCAUAAGGCACAAGAUGUUGACAAAAGUGCAGAAGUAGCCAGUGACCCUCAUGCAGAUAAAGCUGAUCAAUUAUCUGGUGGCACUCGUCUGCAUAAGCAGGAAUUAGAUGUCUCAGAUGGUUCCAUGAUAGUGCAGAAAAGUACUUCAGAACCCAAACAUGGUUCAAAGCUAGCUGAAGAGCCACCAAAAUUAGAUGGAACUGUAUUUAGCUCUCAAGCACUAUCUAGUCAGCGUAAAAUGGUAGUAUGUGUAGGAAAAUCUUCUCCGAGUUCAUCUACUGUUGUGAUCUCCAAGUCAUCUGUUUCUGAUAACUGUAAACCCAUGAAUACUCAGAACUCUAAUCCUAUUGCUAAAGAACGAAUAGUUUCUAACUGCAAUACUAACAGUAAGAAAGAUCAUGCUGCAAGUGAUGUGGUCAGGGAUGAAGACAGGCAUGAAAUGCCAAGGAAAACAGUUAAAGAGCGUCCAAAAUCAUCCAUCAAUCCUGUUUUGAAAGCAUCACACUCAAACAGGAUUCCCCAUUCUUCUGUUUCCAAGAGACCCCUGUCAGAUUCAAAAGAUCCUGUGUUGCACUCGUCUUCUAAGGCAUCUUCAGCCCAGAAUACUGCUGUUCCUUCAGGUUCUGGUGACUCUGCUGGUUCACUGCAAACUCAGAGUGCUGUGCUCGUACAAAAUAAAGUACCAGCCCCAAGUUUGUCACAAAGAGGUGAAAAGUUUAGCACUUCAAAUUCCCAGUCAUCAUCUAAGGUGAAUAAUAUGUCAUCUAUGCAUCCUACUGCACCUUCAAAUUCUCCUGCAACACUAAGCGAUGAAGAGCUUGCUUUACUUUUGCAUCAAGAACUUAAUAGUUCUCCUAGAGUGCCUCGGGUACCACGUGUGCGCCAUGCGGGUAGCUUACCUCAGUUGACUUCUCCAACUGGUACAAGCAUGCUGAUAAAGCGAACAUCAUCUUCUGGAGGAAAGGAUCAUGGUUUGAUUCCUAGAAGAAAAAGCAAGGAUAUUUCCAAAGAUGGGUCUCGAGGUUUUCGGGAGCGUGAUGAUGAAGCCAAGAAAAUGGACAGAGUGCCUUCACCUGAUCAGAGGAGACAUGAUCCAGUGCAUGCAGCAGAUGCUUCUACGAAGAGGGAAGCAGACGAUGGGUUUCCAAAAGCAGAACAUUCUGUCAAGAAGAAUAUUCCCCUUGCCUCCAACACAACUGCAAAUAGUGGUCCAUCCUCCUCAAAUGAGGUUAAUGAUCAAAAUUUAGCAUCUGUACGUAAUUCACCAAGGAAUAUGUCUGAUGAUGAUGCGGGCACUGUACGGGUUCCUGCACAUCGCACUUUACCAGGCUUGAUCAAUGAUAUUAUGAGCAAAGGCAGGCGCAUGACAUAUGAAGAACUCUGUAAUGCAGUCUUGCCGCACUGGCAUAACUUGAGGAAGCAUAAUGGAGAGCGUUAUGCAUAUUCAAGUCAUUCGCAGGCUGUUCUUGAUUGCCUGAGGAACCGGAAUGAAUGGGCGCGGUUGAUUGAUCGUGGUCCCAAGACCAAUGCGAGCAGGAAGAGACGCAAGCUUGAUGCUGAACCAUCAAGCUUUGAAUUGGAUGAUAAUGAAUAUGGCAAGGGCAAAAUGGCAAAGGAGGUAGAAAGCAAGAGUCUUGAAUCACACAGAGAAGAGUUUCCAAAGGGCAAGCGGAAAGCACGACGCAGACGACUGGCUCUGCAAGGCCGAGGAAUAAAAGAUGUCAGGAAAAGACGAAAGGCAGCUAUCAGCAGUGAUGAUGACAUUGAACCAUUUUCUAAUUCUAGCGAUGAGAGCAUAUUCAGUGAGGAUGAGAUUCAGGGAGGUGGAACAGGUCCUGUUGGAAGUGAGGCUUCAGCUAGCUCAGAUGAGGUGGGAACCAGGCUAUAGACUUAAGAGUUCAUAAUGGCUGAUUUCUUUGGUUUGUGAUUCAAUAUCCUAAUUCUGGGGGGCAGCUGGGUUCUAUGGUUAAAUGCUGUCCCUCUUGGAUGGUUUGCAACUUAUGUUUCAGCGAAAAUGGCCAGCUCCUUAAACGUAAAAAAAAAAAAAAAAAUUAGCAAGGAAGUUGGCUAGAUGCCUUUAAGUCGUCCUAGAUUUGUUAUUGGGGUCACAUCAGAUUGGUGCAUACUUCCAUUUUUCGGCCAUCUUUUUGUUGUCAACCUCAUCUGGGGCAUGAUUGGCAUGGGGAUUCAAUAUUGCUUCUGAAUUGCUGGAGCUUCUGAAGGCCAAAAAGAUGUAGCAUUAGUGUACAUAUAAAUUUUAUUUUUUUGGAGAAUGAGAUGUCAAUAACUCCUUUCUGUUUUGUUUUUUUUUGUUGUUUUUCAUUUUAGAUUGUAAAAUUUAGGAAAGCAGCAUGGGAAUGAUUUAUUCGUUCUGCUGGUUGGUUGCUUUGUGGAGGGAGUUCCUAAAUCUACGUGCUAUUUGAAAUAUGACCAGAUUGGAUUGUGAGCAAAGAGUUUCUAGAAGAUGGCCAAGUCAAUGAGAUAAAAGACGCGGGGUAAGUGGAUGAGUACAGUUGUUUAUAAUGUGAACCCGUUUCAAUGCAUUUUCUGUACAUCUUAAAACGGGGGUUUUCAUCGCCCCGCGUUUACGUUCCUCCUACCAAGCCAGUUACCUGCCAAGAUCCACCUGUGCUCUGUGCAUGUGUCUUGACCAAGACCUCAAAAGCUGACUCCUUGCCCCAAUCUGCGGAGAUGCUGAUUGCCUUAAAGCAAGGAAUCUGCUUAAGAAUUUACAGCUGAAGAGUGUGACCUCUUCCCGGAGUGGCAUGCAAGGAAAAGACCUUUUCCUUUUUAACCUAAACGGCCUAGUUGUAAGGAGGAGUAGCCAUCUCCAUUGGCUUACUUCAGACUUCAUUAUCACACAUCUCCUGUAUGAGGAAAAUAAUUUUAUUUUUCA